UUUUGUUGUUGUUUUUUUUUUUUUGGUUCUGAAAGUCUUGUUUUUGUUUUUUGUUUUCUUGUUCAUGAUUCAAGUGAAACCCAUGAGUUUAUGGAUUUAAUUUGAUUUUUUUUUUAGACGUUUGCCUCGGAAAUCUCAAUUGAUUAUUUGAUUUUUUGUAUAUGUUGUGGGUUUGUUUUUUCUUUUGAUCGGAUGAUGAUUUUUGGAUCGUUUAAAUGGGUAUUCUUUUGGCUUUUCUUCUCGUGCCAGAUUUCACCGCAUUCUUGAUUUGGUUAAGUGGGAAAGGUAGUUUUUGGCAAGACCCAGUUUUGCGUUUGAUUGGAGUUGGUUGGAUGGAAUUUUGAAACAGGAUUUUGCGUUAUUUUAGUAUUCUUAUAACUAUUUUGAUUUAUUUUACUGAUGAUUUAAGUGGGAAAGGUAAUGAUUGGCAAAUAAGUUUUGAACUACGUGGAAAAUUGUGUUUUGUUUUUAAUUUAAAAUUUGCAAUUGGUAUUUGUUCUGGUUUCAUAUCUUCACUGAUUCGGUGCUUGAUACAAGAGGUGUAUUUGCCAGAAUUCUGUUCGGCACUUAUUUGAACAUGCCAUUUUUUUUUUUUUUUUGGAAUUUUUGUUCUUUUGGUUUGUACAUAGAUUUUGAUUGCUCCACGGUUGAUCUAAAUGGAAAUGGCUGUUUUCUAAAAACUCACUUUGAGUUUGUUCCGUUUAUGUUGAAUGUGCUCAAGGUCGUUGGAGAUUUGUUUGACUGAGAGCAAUAUCACCAUAGGUGAUUGGAGGAGGUACAAUUGAGGAGGCAAUUACAGUUCUGGAUCUUGGUCAUUGAGCUACAAAUAUCAUUAGAUAUCUAUCAGCCAUGGCUCCUGGUAGUAGCGCUUGCAAAGAAGUCGUUGAGUCUUAUUCUACAGUUUCAGAUUAUGAAAUAGCAACAACAGAGCUGGAGACUAUUGGUAAACCUACAAGAGCUACCAAUGGUUCUGGUGGACAGCAGGGGAUUUAUUCAACUAAUGGUGUGCAUGAACUGCUUGAGUGCCCCGUCUGCACAUGUUUGAUGUACCCUCCGAUUCACCAGUGUCCAAAUGGCCAUACUCUGUGUUCAAACUGCAAGACAAGAGUGCACAAUUGUUGCCCAACUUGCCGCUACGAUCUUGGGAAUAUAAGAUGUUUGGCUCUGGAGAAAGUUGCUGAAUCGUUGGAGCUCCCAUGUACAUACCAGACUUUGGGUUGCACUGAUAUUUUCCCAUACUACAGCAAGCUUAAGCAUGAGCAACAUUGUCGAUUCCGUCCAUUCAGUUGCCCUUAUGCUGGAUCUGAGUGCUCUGUCACAGGUGACAUCCCAACUCUUGUUGCACAUCUUAAGGAUGAUCACAAGGUUGACAUGCAUGAUGGGUGUACCUUCAACCAUCGAUAUGUUAAAUCAAACCCACAUGAAGUUGAAAAUGCCACAUGGAUGUUGACUGUGUUCAACUGUUUUGGAAGACAAUUCUGUUUGCAUUUUGAGGCUUUCCAGCUUGGUACGGCACCAGUAUACAUGGCCUUCUUGCGAUUCAUGGGCGAUGACAAUGAGGCAAAGAAAUUCAGCUAUAGUUUGGAAGUUGGUGCAAAUGGUCGUAAGCUCAUAUGGCAAGGAAUACCAAGAAGCAUUCGUGACAGUCAUAAGAAAGUUCGUGACAGUCAGGACGGACUCAUUAUUCAGAGGAAUAUGGCUCUAUACUUUUCUGGUGGGGAUAGGCAAGAGCUGAAGUUGAGGGUUACUGGCCGUAUAUGGAAAGAAGAAUAACAGCUAGAAAGAUUAUGAAUGUUUAGGUGAGUGUACAGUAAGACAUUGGGGUUGCUUCAUGUGGCAACUGGUGAAGCUUUAAUUAUUCCGAUUAGGUUUCCCUCUGUGUUUACAUGAUGUCUCCGUAAUUGGGUUGAAGGCAUGCUGCAUUUGUUAGCUUCCCUGCAGCCCACAUACUCCGGUUGAAAAGUAGUGUAAAAGAUCAAAACAAAUAUUGAUCAAAAUGUAGUACCAAAAGAUUCAUUUGGUAUUAUGAAUGCGUUUUAUAUUUUA